AUGGCUUCUGAUAAGUUGAUCGAAAUCGUAAUCGAUAUGGAAGAGGGUGAACCAUUGGGUGCAACACCAAAUGAUAAAUUGGUUAUCACCAAAAUUCAAAGUGGAACUAUUGCCGAAGGAAAAUUGAGAGUAAGUUAACUCUCAUCUCUUGAAGAUAUAAAUAUCCAAGUUCAUAAUUUCAGAUCGGAGAUCAAGUCAAAAAGGUGAAUGGUCAAGAUUGCAAAGAUGCCAACGAUUUUUUCCGCGCUUUGCGUUUUGCCGCACCGGCCGCAAGAAUUUUGGUGAAUCGCGACGACAAAAAGGCGGAAGAAUUGGAGGCUCGUGUGCAUAUUCCGGAGGAUCGAGCCAAGAUUAUUCAACGUCGUGAAGGUUAUAUUUACGAGAUGGCAACUUUGACAUGGGUUCAGAAUGGACCGAAAUUGGGUUUGGGUAUCAAACAUUUCCAGGUGAGAGGGAAAAGGGGAUGAGGAGAUUUUUUGAUAUGAGUAUUUGAAAUAUCGUGCGAUUUCUUUAAUUUUUGUUAGGAAAACUCACAGAAACUAAGGGUCGGCGCCUAGAGAAUCUAAUUUUCUAGUACCCACAUCUAGAGAUGCAGUCUGACAAGGAGACGUUCCUUGAGAGCAGAUCUUCUAUGCCAAAUAGCCGUUCCUAGAUAAUUCAAGAUCUUCUAGAACCGUGUAUUGGUAUCCCGUGUCGAUCCCGGAUCUCUCGCCGAAAAAUGUCUUGUUGUCGGUGAUCAUUUAUGCGAUGUUGAUGGUGUUCCAGUCACUGACAAAGAUGUCGCCAGAGAUCUUUUGGUUAGAAAUAUUCAAGAAAAGGGCAAGGUCACAUUUGUCGUCGAACGUCCCGAUUCAAUCGAGGCGAAACAAUGGGCGAAAAAUGCGUUGGCGACAAAUUUGAUGCAACCACCAUCGGUUCAAAUGAAUGAUGAUGUUCGUCAAAUAGCGACAACAUAUCGUGCCGCAUUGAAGAGUGCCAAACCACCAGCGAAAUCUGCAAUGUCGGCUGGAGCACCGAGUGGAAAACGUGUACAAAUUGUUGAUCAAUUGCAUGCACAUGAAAUUGGACACGAUCAUGAAGGAAAAGCUUUGCGUAAAGUCAAGUAG